AGUGGAGCGCAUGGAACUAGUUGCCGAGUUAUGGCAGGAAAACUUUAAGAAAAGGUUUACAUGGCCCCCAACUUUGAACGACAUGGUGCGACGCAACUUUGAAAAACGGAGUGCAGCUAAGAUGUCGCAACUAAUGCAAGAUGCACGUAAAGAUUUGGAAAAUAAGCCUACUUGGAUGGGUGAGAGAAUGUGGGAACAAUUGAAGGCAAUUUGGAAUUCCUCUAAUUUCCAAAAAAAAUCUGAGAUAAAUAAAAGAAAUCGCAAUUCUAUGGAUGGUGCAUCUCUUCACACUGGCGGAUCAAUUCCUCAUCGGGUGCUAUGGAAAAAAAUGAAAGAGACGAAAGGAGAAGACCCAACAUUUAGUGACUUUUAUUUUCGUACUCAUCGUACUAAAGAUAAAAACUGGGUCGGUAUUCAUGCUGAAUCUGCUUAUGAGAAAUUUGAAAAUAAAAAGAUUGAGUUAUCGUCUGAAGCUUCAACUUUUGUUCCGGGAGAGGACGAAGCUGAUAGUCAACCAACCAAAGUUAUGCCAUCUGAUAUUGAUAUAUGGGUGGAUGUAGUUGGGAGAAAGAAAGGGAGAAUAUUUGGUCUCGGAUCUAUAGCCAAAACAUUGAAUCCAAAUCAGCCAUCAAUGCGUUCCGAUUCAGAGGUUGAUGCUUUGAGAAGUCAAGUUCAUGCGUUGAAUGAAUCCUUGCAAAAACAGGAGCAAGAAAAGUUGUUGAUGAAACAACAGUUGCAACGACAAGAAAAAGAGAUGGCCGAGACCAACAGAAAUUUAACCUUUCUUAUGCAACAUUUAGGAUUUGUUGGAUCAUCUUCUCGUCCAAGCUCAUCACCACAACUCAACGAUGAAACUGAUGAAGAUAGCGAGGAUGUUGGUAGUGAUCAUAUUGAGUAGUAUUUGUUUCUAUUUUGUCAAAUUGGUUGUAUCAUGUACUUGAUUGUACUUAGUUUUUUUUUUUCUGGAUCAUGUUUUAAUUAAUACUUAGUUAUGAUUUGUGAACAUGAUAUAAAUUUUGUUUAGAAUUAUCACAAUAUGAUUUAUGCAUAUGAUAUAAAUUUUGUUUAGAAUUAUCACAAUAGUUGGAUCAUGCUUUAAUAAAUAUUUAGUUUUGAUUUGAAAA